CAUACGGUGCAAAGCACAGACUUCAGUCUCUGGUGCAAAGUGAGAAAGGGAAAAAAAUCUUUGCGGGAAUAAAAAGUGGAUACUAGAAUUUGAGCGUAAGUGCAUCUCUGUCAUCAACACUCAUAAAACAACCAGUAAACGUUAAAUUUAAAGUAACCUAAGUCGUGUUUCUCGUUUUCCCAUUGAGUCGUUGUCGGUGACUGCGAUUACAGAUCAUUGUUAGAUGUUCUACCGAGUCAUUCGCUGCAUAAAAAGCACACGGCUUUCUCGCUUCCUGAACCCUGUGAGCAGGCAUUUACGUGUCGCUCAGUUUCGUCUGAGCAGCGCAGGUGGCGUGUCAGGGACUAUCGCAACUUCGCACGCAGCAAGUGAUUUUGACCGAACCUGUGUGAACAUCAGGACCGAGUGGAGCCCCGAGACUACGGACUCAAUGGAGCUGCCUGAUGUUGUCACCUGUCUGAAGCAGAUCGCUGACCCCUCACUCGCCGGCGACUGGGAUAACGUCGGUCUUCUGGUGGAGCCUUCGCCUCCGCACCGUGUUCGAAGAAUUCUGCUGACCAACGAUCUGACACCUGAAGUGAUGCAAGAAGCCGAACAAGAAGAGGUGAACAUGAUAGUAUCCUAUCAUCCUCCAAUUUUUGGAUCUUUUAAACGUCUGACCCAGAGAACAUGGAAGGAAAAACUGAUUAUUAGGUGUCUAGAGAAGAGGAUCGCCGUUUACUCUCCUCACACCAGCUGGGAUGCAGCAGCAGAUGGGGUAAAUGACUGGUUGAUAGGAGCAUUUGGUGAUGACAUCCAAGACAAAAAGCCACUAGAGCAGACAGAAAUCUUGCCAAAAGGUACCAACAAGAGGCUUAGUGUUAUGGUCAGUGAAGAGGAGGCCAAGCUUUUGCUGACAAGUUUACAAUGGUUGGGGAAAGACCAGGUUUACUGUGAGAAUCAAAACAGUAGCAAUGUAGGUGAUGCAUCUGGCACAGUGAAGCUGCAUGUCUCUUGCAAGGCUGCUGACCUUUCAGAGAUUAUGAAAGAGUUGACUAGGUCAGGUAUAACACUACAACACCUGGAAUGUACAGAUUCAGCAAAGUUGCCUUCUCCUGGUUUUGGCAUGGGUCGUAGUGGAAGAUUUCGUUCUUCUAUAUCCAUAGAAACAGCAAUUUCUCACAUCAAAGAUCAUCUUGGUCUUCAGCAUGUUCGCAUUGCUAAGGCCCCAGGGCAGACCGAGCUGACUUCAGUGGCUGUGUGUGCUGGCUCAGGUUCUAGUGUUCUGCGAGGAGUCAAGGCUGACUUAUACCUGACAGGGGAAAUGUCACACCAUGAUGUUCUAGAUGCUGUCUGCAAGGGUACCAGUGUGGUCUUGUGUGAUCACAGCAACACUGAGCGUGGUUUUCUGAAAGUAGUGCAAGUACGUCUCCAAGAUGUGCUGAAAAGCCAGGUAGAGGUGUUAGUCUCCCUACAAGAUAGUGAACCCUUGAAGGUUAUGUAACUCGUAAGAACGGUUAUGAGCAACCCUGAAAAUUUGACCUGUUCUCUUUGUGUUACUUGGGGUGCCAAAAUAUGUAUGCCAUGAAGUUGUGUUUCAUUACAUUACCAUGGAACCUGCAUGAAUUUACAGCGACAUUUUGUCUUUCUCAGAAUGGGUUAAAUGAUCAUUCAUGAUCCUAAAUAAUUUAUAUAACAUUAGUAGUUACCGAAGGUGUACAACAUACCAGGUUGCUAUUGUUAGUCUUAAUGGUUAAUGGUACUACCAUCGUGGAUUCAUGUGAAAGGUGUGUCCAUCGAUUAACUUUUAAUGAAGAGAACAAUCCCACUGUGCUUUAUAAUGUUGACACCAUGAGCAUGGGAAGAUCAGAGAAAUCUUGAGGCGUCUACUUCACUUUCUGUGAGUCACUAGACUUGACUAGAGUAACGUUAUGUGCCACAUUGAAAGAUGCUUGACUUCAGUAGUUUUAUAUUUCAUAUUACACUGGUGGUAUUGUGGUUA